GUAUGCGCUGGUGACGUGUCGUUUGUUUACAGCUGGUGCUAGCGCCGUUAGCUCCUGUUAGCUCCCGUUAGCUCCGGUGUAGCUCCGGGGCUUUUCGGCGAUGACCAUGGACAUUACGCUGCUGUUUAAGGCCAGUGUGAAGACCGUCAAGACCCGGAACAAGGCCAUCGGGAUCGGCUUUGACUCCGGAAAAGACGAGAUACUUCGCCGCGGCCGAACCAAGAGCGGCUUCUGCCCCAGAGCGAGAGAAGUGGUUACCAACAUCUCCAAACUCAAAGACUUCCUUCUGCAGCAUCGGAAAGACUACGUCAGCGCCGGAAGUCUGAUGUCAUGUGAGGUGAGCCGUAUGACAGAAAGUGAGAGAGACCAGAUCGACCAAGAUGCCCAGAUCUUCAUGAGAACCUGCUCCGAGGCCAUCAGGACCCUCAGACAUGAAGCAGAGAAACAGGUGGGAUCAGCCCAGACCAAAGACCACAGAGGAGCUGUGCUAGACUUGAUUGAGUCCUACCUCAGAGGUGUGUGUAAGCUGUACUCGGAGCAGAGAGCGGUCAGAGUGAAGAGGGUCGUGGACAAGAAGAGACUGUCUCGUCUUUUACCUGAACAUCACAAACGCCAUGUCACACCUGUAGCUGUGAAGCCUGCAGCAGUGGAACCCAGCAACGCAAACAAUGGGGAGACCGACCAGAGCAAGGAGGGGGGAUCAGAGCGGCCUGUACCAGAGGCAGUGGACCCCACUGGAGACCUGUGGGAGGAGGGGCAGGAGGAGGAUGAGCUCUCCCCAGAGGAGAUUCAGAUGUUUGAGCAGGAGAACCAGCGGCUCAUCAGUGAGAUGAACAGUUUGGUGGAUGAAGUCAAACAGAUUGAAGGGAAGGUGGUGGAGAUCUCACGACUGCAGGAAAUCUUUGCAGAGAAAGUCCUUCAGCAGGAGACAGAGAUUGAUAACAUUCACCAACUUGUGGUCGGAGCCACAGAAAACGUCAAAGAAGGAAACGAGGACAUCAGAGAGGCGAUCAAAAACAACGCAGGGUUCAGAGUCUGGAUCCUGUUCUUCCUCGUCAUGUGCUCCUUCUCCCUCCUCUUCCUCGAUUGGUAUGACAGCUAACCACUCUGCUACACUGAGAGUCUAACCACUCUGCUACAGCAAGAAGCUAACCACUCUGCCAGAGCUUUCCGGGACCUGGGGAUGGACCAAAACUGAACACUUAAUGAAAGCGUGACCUCUAAUAUGUUCCACAGUGGAGCUUUAAACUUUGGACUGGUCUGAACACAAGAGCUACAGCGCUGACCUGUGACCUCUGACAUCUGACAAAAUCCUGUCAAUUUCUACAACCAAAUGUGCUUCUGUCGCACUACAAGAACAUGAGAAAAUAAUCCUAAUCUAAUACAUGCACAAACAUUUCCUCAUGAACAGGCUGCUCUCUGUGAAUGGAAACCACAGUAGCAUCUGGUUCAGUUUGAGAUUAAAUGUAAUUUGGAUUUUGCCUGAGUCUUGACUGAGGUGAAAAAGCAGAGAUUAAAUAAACCUGUGCCGUAGUGGCCUGUGUGAGUGUGCCUCUGUGUAAUUAAUAAUGUAUUAUAUUAUAAUAAGCCCUAGAUAGAACCUUGGCUCUGUUGCCCGGACAAAUGCGGUGGCCAUCUUGCGAGUGGAACAAGAGCAAAAUUCUGAUGUAAAUUAAUGUAAAAACAGAUAAUUCACUGGUUAAAAUGUUUAAAUGGUGUAUUUGUGUCCUAAUGCAGGACUCUGACAUCUGACUCUAAAUUAUGAACAUGAAGAUUCAUCUAAACACUACUGUUUAUGCAGAGUUAAUCUGUUGUUGUAUCGAAACACCACAGGGAAUGACCAGUGAUAAUUUACUUCACGCCUAAAUAGUUUUUUCAGCAUUAGUUCCCCUGAGUUUGGUAGAGAGUGAGCAUUGGAUAAAGUACAAAUACAAGUCCAAGUAUUGAAGGGAAAAUGAAAAUGAUGAGUUUAUUCACAACAUGACUACUGCAAGUGGACAUUCUUUAUAAAGGGUUUCCAUGGUGACGGCCACUUAUUUACACAGAAC